AAAGAGGGGGAGGGACCACUAAUCAGAUCGGAGCAUAAUGACUUUAUAUAAUUAGCACGCGCGGGGACACGUAGGUCUAUGAGAGCCGUGCACAUUUUACAGAGCAUUGGCACAACUAGAGAGGCAGAAAGCCGAGGUCGACCGUAGACUACUUUGAAACGCUUGUUCCGAUGCUUUUAAAUAUAAUGGAUCUAAGUGCUGUGGCAACACCAGAGCUAUUGAAAUACAACCCGACACUUUUGGUAGAUAUCGCGGGAGAAGUAGGAUUAUUGAUCCACUGACAUCUAUGGACUAUUUUGCCUAUUUUUCACAUGCCAUAAGAUACUUUUUACUKAUAGCCCAAUUUGCCAACAUGAAAGGGUUUUAAUGGAUAUAAUCAUGCCUGGUCAGAUUUGAUAUCGCCGCAAGCGUUCAAUUCCUACUAGCGGAGCUGGAAGACUUUGAUAAGAUCAUCUUCAAGAGAAUCUAAAUCCAUUUGCGUCGACCAGCGAGAAUUUGCGUCUGAACGUCGAGGGGGACAUUGAGAGGUUGUCGCAGCCGUGUGAAGGUUUCUCCGAGUCGAAUCCCCGUCUGAACGAUGGUGUUUGACAAGGAGGAAAGUGUCUCCCUUGUGCCUCUCCAGUCCAAAGGGAAGCAGAGGGUCUGCGCCGGGUGCAACCGGAGGAUCAUGGACCGCUUUAUGCUAGAGGCUCUGGACAGGUACUGGCACGAGGACUGUCUGAAGUGUGCCUGCUGUGACUGUCGCCUGGGUGACGUGGGCUCCACCCUCUACACCAGAGCCAACCUCAUCCUCUGUCACAAGGACUACCUGAGGCUCUUUGGGAUGACGGGGAACUGUGCAGCUUGCAGUAAGGUGAUCCCGGCCUUUGAGAUGGUGAUGAGAGCCAGGGAGAAUGUCUACCACUUGGACUGCUUUGCCUGCCAGCUGUGCAGCCAGAGAUUUUGCGUGGGAGACAAGUUUUUCCUGAAGAACAACAUGAUACUGUGCCAGCUGGACUACGAGGGGGGGCAUCAGAAUGGAAACUCUGCURAUCAGGCUCUGUAGGCUCUACUGCUCUCUGCUGGUCAGAGACUAGCUACCGCCAGUGGACACUACUCCCUACCGGUAUGCCCGGACAGUCCUCUUCUCAUCACAUCAGGGCUGUAUUCACUAGGAACCAAAUGGAAGAAGGACCUACACUACAUGGCCAAACGUAYGUGGACACCUCUUCAAAUGGGUGGAUUCKGCUAUUUUAGCCACACCCGUGUGCAGUAGAAUGGCCCGUAGAGCUCAGUGACUUUYAACGUGGCACGUCAUAGGAUGCCRCCUUUCCAACAAGUCAGUUUGUCAAAUUUAUGCCCUGAUAUGUUUCUAGAAGAUUCUGUGCUUCCAACUUUGUGGCA